ACGGGCCGAGUGCGCAACGCUCCAGCGGCCGGGUAAGCCGUGGCCACCGCCCACCCCGCUGCAGAGCUGGGCGGGGCCGCCUGGAGGCAGCGGGGAGAGGCAAGCCGAAGAGGAAGAAGAGACGCCGGAGGCGCGCUCUGCGCAGGCGCGCGGCGCCCCGCCUCCCCAGCGUCGGCUCCCGGGCGGGCGGUGCGGGCCCUCCCACUCUACCCCGCGCCGUCUCACGGCCCCGGCCCUAGCUUCACACCGACUACCCGGCGUGCGCGUCCUCCUGCCGGCCUGCAGGCCCGGGGCCUCCGCCUGCUUCCCCACAGCUGCUCCUUGCGGCGCCGCUCGCGUUCACGCUGUCGCCCGGGCCGGCGCGGCCGCGGGCAACCGCUCCCCCUCCCACACCUACCCCGCCCCCUCCCCGCCUUUUCCGCCCUCCGGUCCCCCUCCCUCGGCCCGCUGCUGCUGCUCCAGAUGAGGUGAUGGCAACGGCCAACUUCGGCAAGAUCCAGAUCGGGAUUUACGUGGAGAUCAAGCGCAGCGAUGGCCGAAUACAUCAAGCAAUGGUAACAUCUUUAAAUGAAGAUAAUGAAAGUGUAACUGUUGAAUGGAUAGAAAAUGGAGAUACAAAAGGCAAAGAGAUUGACUUGGAGAGCAUCUUUUCACUUAACCCUGACCUUGUUCCUGAUGAAGAAAUUGAACCCAGUCCAGAAACACCUCCACCUCCAGCAUCCUCAGCCAAAGUAAACAAAAUUGUAAAGAAUCGACGGACUGUGGCUUCUAUUAAGAAUGACCCUCCUCCAAGAGAUAAUAGAGUGGUUGGUUCAGCACGUGCACGGCCCAGUCAGUUUCCUGAACAGUCUUCUUCUGCACAACAGAAUGGUAGUGUUUCAGAUAUAUCUCCAGUUCAAGCUGCAAAAAAGGAAUUUGGACCCCCUUCACGUAGAAAAUCUAAUUGUGUGAAAGAAGUAGAAAAACUGCAAGAAAAACGAGAGAAAAGGAGAUUGCAACAGCAAGAACUUAGAGAAAAAAGAGCCCAGGAUGUUGAUGCUACAAACCCAAAUUAUGAAAUUAUGUGUAUGAUCAGAGACUUUAGAGGAAGUUUGGAUUAUAGACCAUUAACAACAGCAGAUCCUAUUGAUGAACAUAGGAUAUGUGUGUGUGUAAGAAAACGACCACUCAAUAAAAAAGAAACUCAAAUGAAAGAUCUUGAUGUAAUCACAAUUCCUAGUAAAGAUGUUGUGAUGGUACAUGAACCAAAACAAAAAGUAGAUUUAACAAGGUACCUAGAAAACCAAACAUUUCGUUUUGAUUAUGCCUUUGAUGACUCAGCUCCUAAUGAAAUGGUUUACAGGUUUACUGCUAGACCACUAGUGGAAACUAUAUUUGAAAGGGGAAUGGCUACAUGCUUUGCUUAUGGGCAGACUGGAAGUGGAAAAACUCAUACUAUGGGUGGUGACUUUUCAGGAAAGAACCAAGAUUGUUCUAAAGGAAUUUAUGCAUUAGCAGCUCGAGAUGUCUUUUUAAUGCUAAAGAAGCCAAACUAUAAGAAGCUAGAACUUCAAGUAUAUGCAACCUUCUUUGAAAUUUAUAGUGGAAAGGUGUUUGACUUGCUAAACAGGAAAACAAAAUUAAGAGUUCUAGAAGAUGGAAAACAGCAGGUUCAAGUGGUGGGAUUACAGGAACGGGAGGUCAAAUGUGUUGAAGAUGUACUGAAACUCAUUGACAUAGGCAACAGUUGCAGAACAUCCGGUCAAACAUCUGCAAAUGCACAUUCAUCUCGGAGCCAUGCAGUGUUUCAGAUUAUUCUUAGAAGGAAAGGAAAACUACAUGGCAAAUUUUCUCUCAUUGAUUUGGCUGGAAAUGAAAGAGGAGCUGAUACUUCCAGUGCGGACAGGCAAACUAGGCUUGAAGGUGCUGAAAUUAAUAAAAGCCUUUUAGCACUCAAGGAGUGCAUCAGAGCCUUAGGUAGAAAUAAACCUCAUACUCCUUUCCGUGCAAGUAAACUCACUCAGGUGUUAAGAGAUUCUUUCAUAGGUGAAAACUCUCGUACCUGCAUGAUUGCCACAAUCUCUCCAGGAAUGGCAUCCUGUGAAAAUACUCUUAAUACAUUAAGAUAUGCAAAUAGAGUAAAGGAGUUUGGAAUUAGUCCAUCAGACAUUCCCUUCUCACAGGGUAGUGGCAGUCGCCCUGAUCUCUCUCCUUCUUAUGAAUAUGACGACUUUUCUCCUUCAGUUACCAGGGUCAAAGAGUUGACUGUAGAUCCAACUGCUGCUGGUGAUGUUCGUCCAAUAAUGCACCAUCCACCAAACCAGAUUGAUGACUUAGAGACACAGUGGGGUGUGGGAAGUUCCCCUCAGAGAGAUGAUCUAAAACUUCUUUGUGAACAAAAUGAAGAAGAAGUCUCUCCACAGUUGUUUACUUUCCACGAAGCUGUUUCACAAAUGGUAGAAAUGGAAGAACAAGUUGUAGAAGAUCACAGGGCAGUGUUCCAGGAAUCUAUUCGGUGGUUAGAAGAUGAAAAGGCUCUCUUAGAGAUGACUGAAGAAGUAGACUAUGAUGUCGAUUCAUAUGCUACCCAACUUGAAGCUAUUCUUGAGCAAAAAAUAGACAUUUUAACUGAACUGCGGGAUAAAGUGAAAUCUUUCCGUGCAGCUCUACAAGAGGAGGAACAAGCCAGUAAGCAAAUCAACCCGAAGAGACCCCGUGCCCUUUAAACCGGCAUUUGCUGCUAAAGGAUCCCCAGAACCCUCACUACUGUAACAUACAACGGUUCAGCUGUAAGGGCCAUUUGAAAGUUUGGAAUUUUAAGUGUCUGUGGAAAUGUUUUGUCCUUCACCUGAAUUACAUUUCAAUUUUGUGAAACACUCUUUUGUCUACAAAAUGCUUCUAGUCCAGGAGGCACAACCAAGAACUGGGAUUAAUGAAGCAUUUUGUUUCAUUUACACAAAUAGUGAUUUACUUUUGGAGAUCCUUGUCAGUUUUAUUUUCUAUUUGAUGAAGUAAGACUGUGGACUCAAUCCAGAGCCAGAUAGUAGGGGGAAGCCACAGCAUUUCCUUUUAACUCAGUUCAAUUUUUGUAGUGAGAUUGAGCAGUUUUAAAUCCUUUGCGUGCAUGCAUACCUCAUCAGUGAUUGUACAUACCUUGCCCACUCCUAGAGAUAGCUGUGCUCACCUUUUCCUGCUUUGUGCCUUGAUUAAGGCUACUGACCCUAAAUUUCUGAAGCACAGCCAAGAAAAAUUACAUUCCUUGUCAUUGUAAAUUACCUUUGUGUGUACAUUUUUACUGUAUUUGAGACAUUUUUUGUGUGUGACUAGUUAAUUUUGCAGGAUGUGCCAUAUCAUUGAACGGAACUAAAGUCUGUGACAGUGGAUAUAGCUGCUGGACCAUUCCAUCUUAUAUGUAAAGAAAUCUGGAAUUAUGAUUUUAAAACCAUAUAACAUGUGAUUAUAAUUUUUCUUAGCAUUUUCUUUGUAAAGAACUAAAAUAUAAACUAGUUGGUGUAUAAUAAAAAGUAAUGAAAUUCUGAGAAGAGUUUUAUCUUAGGAAAAUACAUAUAUAUGCAGUGUGUGUGCCAGUGUGGUAUUAACAAGACUAAUAGUGCAAUUUGAUCCUUACCAAUAUCAUUACUUAAUUUGAAGUGUUUAUUAGCACCCCAAAAUAUACCUUUUCUAUGUACUGUUAAAAGAAAUUGGCUUCUGAUGCAUGAACAUUUACAUGUACAUUGAAAGUAGUCCAUGAUAGAAGUUAGUUUAAGCCAAGUGUAGACAGUACAUUACUCCCUUGAAAAAGAAUUAAGCUGAAAGAGUUGACUUUGCCUUAAAAGGCAGAUCUAACCCAAGCUCCAUCCAGUACCAAAUGUGAAACUUCAUUGUUGUUUGGUGAGAAUUGCCAAAUUCUCACUAAUACAUUGGUGUAGGGCAUGCUACUUUUUAAACAGCAGCACUUAUUUUUACAGAUUGCUACUCCAAGGAAGAAAACUGGCCACUUUUCAUGUAAAUAUUUUGUUCAAAGAUUUGUAUAUCUCUCUAGGAGUUUUCCCUCAGUUCCCAGGAUGGGGUCCAGGAGUAGAUUAACAGCUAAAAAUCUCCCAAGGAUAUCUUGUUUUGAUUUAUUUACUCCAGGGAACUAUCAGCUCCUUCACAGGAGCCAAAGGGGAGCUAUGAAUAGAGAGUCACAUGAGCCAGAUUCUUUACUUUACUGUUCAUAAAACCCAGAGAGUAGUUGUGAAAGAUCCUAAUACAAUUGUGAAAAGCUCUGUAAACAUGAAAUCUAAAACAAAUGUAGAUUUUCACAAUAUGCUUAUUAAUAAAUGAAGUCUAUGGAAUAAGUUUUAGAGAUAAUUUACUUCAGUCACCUUUGUUUUGGAAAGGACUCAGGUUUUCUUGCAGCUGUAAGAUAUAUUCUAUUUGUGUUUAUUUCAAAGGGAAGAGGAAGGAUGGAGAACUGUUACAAAUUGACCUUGCAGAGGAUAUUUAAAAAAAGGUAGUUUUUGAGAUUAACCAACUUUCAAAGGGCAAUAAAGACAUGUGAAUUUGCUCAUUUUAAAGCACAACAGAUUAGCUUCAAAUUUAUUAUUUGCAUUGGAUGGGUACUGUCUUUGGAAAGUCUCCUUAUAGACAAAUAUGCUGCCUUACACUAUGAUGGCUUCAUUCUGAUCAGGUAUUUUAAAAAUUAGUACCAGAAAAGAUAUUGGAGGUAGUAUAAUACAGUCCUUCAGCUUUACAGAUAGUGAAAACUGAAGGCCAGAAAAGAAACUAAAACUCAGCAGUUCAUAGGGGUAGAGGGAAAUAACCUGAGAAAGCCGAGUUAAAUCUUAAAAUUUUUACUAUAAGGAUAGAGAUGAUACAAGUGAACUUUGCAAAAUAGUUUUGUGAAAUUAAACAAAAAAAUCUACUCUUAUGUAUAUUUCAUAUUUGUUUAACAAAAGCAGCUUGAUGCUUUUGUUCUGGAUUAUACAUUAAGAACAAGCAUUAUUUUAAUUAUGUAGUAAGAUUUACUAUAUGACUUUGAAGCCAGAUUUCAAAAUCUGGCUUUGUUAAAUUAAUUGGAAACACUCCUUCUAUUAAGUUAGGUAUUAAAAAAAGCCAAAUAUCAAUAAAGAUAUUUUUAUUAAUUUUUUAUAGAAACAAAAUAGCUACUAUAACUCUAUUAUAGUAUAUUAACAGCACUUAGUAUUAUAUUGAUUUAAACAUAGUAGCUAAUAAAACUUGUUUAUGACAUCUAUUGAAAUUCUCAAUCUGACAGUUUUAAAAUAGCUUAAAACUAAGCACCAGGUAUAUGAAAAAAGUACUGGAAAUUUUAAUUGUCCAGAAAUCAUAGGAAUACUGGGAACCUGUAGUUAUGGGAAAUGGCUGUUUUUCUGAGGUUGAAACCACUUUCAAUUACAAAACCCUUUGAAAUUUUGCUAAGCCUAUAGUUAUCUCCCUAAGAACCAUAAAAAAAGAUAAUUUUAUUGGUAAUUUCAUUCCAGUUUAGCUUCCUCAUUUUACAUGUAGGGAGUCAUGCCCUUUAAUAUGCCUGGCACUGCAUGGUGGCAGUAGCAGACUUGGGCUUACCCAAAACCCUAAGUCUCUGAUGCUAUAGGAUAGCGAAAGAGGUAGGCAAUCAUAACAGACACUGUAUAGGAUAAAUAAGGGAAGAGAAUGAGAGAACCAAAAUAAAAAUAAUUUAAGAAACAAUUGUUUUACUGUACUUGUGAAUAACAAGAAAUGGUACAGGGAAUGUGAAUAACAUGAAAUGGUAUGGGGAAUGUGUGACUAGUGAAGCAUAUUUUAACUUUUUUAUUACUGGAGGAACAGAGCUAAAGGCCUAAAGAAGGCCUUACAGUAUAUAACAGUAAAUAGAAGAGUAACAUCUUUAUACAAUAAACUGUUAGAAAUGAUAAGUUUAAGUGUAAAGUUGUGCGUCUCUGCGGCUCCUGAACUUGAAGAUUAUUAUGAAUAGAUUGGACCAGCAUUAUAUAUUAAAAACUUUGAUACUUAGAACUUUCCAACUUUAAAAUUCAGAAUCAUAAAUGGUGACAGUAGUAGUACUGAACCAAAAAUAGUCAAGUAAAUAAUGUCUCAGUAAAGCAAAAGCAUUAUCUUCUCAAAUACACAAAAUACAAAAUUCAUUUAUUUUCUUGACCUUGAAAAUUUCUGUUUUCCAAAUAUCUAGGAAAAAUGAAUACCUUCUGCGUUGAAUCCAUGUAGCAAUCUGAAAAAAGAAAUCAAAAUGGAAUGGUACUGAAAAGCUAAUUUGUAGCACAUAAUGGUAUAUAGUUCUAUACCAUUAAUACUAAAACAUGAAUACAGCAUGCUUACAGAGCCCACCCACUCCUAAUACUAGUUAUUAAAGAAACGUUACUGGCUGGGCGCGGUGGCUCACGCCUGUUAUCCCAGCACUUUGGGAGGCUGAGGCAGGUGGAUUACCUGAGGUCAGGAGUUCGAGAACAGUCUGGCCAACAUGGUGAAACCCCGUCUCUACUGAAAAUACAAAAAUUAGCCUGGCAUGGUGGCACAUGCCUGUAAUCCCAGCUACUCGGGCGACUGAGGCAGGAGAUUUGCCUGAACCCGGGAGGCAGAGGUUGCAGUGAGCUGAGAUUGUGCCACUGCACUCCAGCCUGGGUGACAGAGCAAGACUCUGUCUCAAAAAAAAAAAAAAAAAAAAAGAAAUGUUACUGUCUGACUAAAUUUAUAAGAUAUGUAUUGGUUAAAACCAUGCCAUGUUGGUGCCUCUUUCAUUAUAGCCUUUAUAUGUCGUAAUGAAUUUGACUAAAAUUAUCUUAGACUUCCAUUAUCCCACGCCUAAGAACUCACUGGCAUUUGUUUCAAUGUAACUGAACAAGAAGCCGUUUGGAAUUGGCAGAAGUCAGAUGAAUAACCAGUCUUACAUGCCCCUUCUUCCUCUCUUGAGCUGUUGUUUAUAUUCAAAUUAAAUACACAUUGUUUCUCUCUAUAGAUACCUAUGUACUUAAUAGAUUCUAGCUAGUAAACUGUACAUGCCCGAUAACUUUGAGGAAAUUUAGUGAAAAUGAAGAAAAAGAGAAAAUAUUUCUCUUUAGACCUGAGGUUAUGUUUAGGCUGGCCCAUAGAAGCAGGUCCAGAUAAAUUUCUAAAAAAGCAAAGUAGAUAUUUAUGAAUAGUAUUCAAUGCCUAGGAUUAACAUCUAAAAAGACUCAGUAGUACUGCUAGCCAGCCAAUAAAAUAUAAACUCCAUUUGUCUUAGUUAUAUAGAACUGUGUUUCCAGCUUAGAAGAGUCAAACCAAUGACUUUUAGAACAAUCUACUCUCAUUUUUUAUUCAGCCUCUAGAACAUGGAAGCUUUAAAAGUGAAUUGGCUAAAUAGGCAAGACCUUCUGAAAGUUAACGUCUUAAUGAUUAAAAACAGUAAGUACAGGUUAGUAAUUACCUGGGUAAUUAAUUGAAGCCUUAUUCUGUUUUCAUAAGACUUACUUGCUUAAUUCAAGCAAAACAAAUUUUGAUCUAAAUUACCUAGAUAAUUAUGACAGCUUUUUACUUGAGAAAUGUAGAACUUGCCUCAGGCUACAAAACUAACUAUAUUAUUACUAAAUGGAUAACCAGGUAGGAUUCUAACUGGCAAUAUUGUAUGCUUAAGAUUGAUUUAACAACAGCUAUUCCCAGUAAGGAAAUUUUAAAAAUCAGAUCCAGUUACAUGUUAUUAUGAUUUUUCUACCUUAUGGACUAUUUUGGAGGGAUAAGCUAUUAAGACUAAGAAUGACAGUUGGGGAGGGAGCAGGAAGGGAGGAACCUGCACACCACAUUAACACAAAGGCAAUCUUCUGGCUUGGACUGUUCUUUACUACUAUUCUUAAAGAAAAUGUUCAUUCUGCUGCAGCUAACUAGCCUCCAUCUUCUACACCAAAUACUAUUCCAUGCCAUGGAAGUGCUAUGCAAUAACUCUCCCAGGUAGCACCUUAUACCGCUUAAAAGCCUUUAAAAUCUCUAAUCUGAAGGUGUCACAGUAAAGAAAUGUAAACACUUAGGAAAACAAAAAUGUAAUUACCUGAUGAAGUCAUCUAUGUCCAUGGAACGGGCCCGUUUGUCACUAAAACCUGUGCUGGUUAGGAUAUGCUGUAUUUUAUCUGCUAUGCUGAAAUCUUCUGGUAUUAUCUAUCAAUAUAAGAUUCAGAAUAAAUGAACAACAUAUCUUUAA